CCUCAACUCCAUCGGGCCUGCCAGUCGGUGCAACCAAAGCCUCAAGAUCUGUGCUGUUCGCCAUGUUCGCCUGUGCUCAGAUAUACAGGCGGUUUAGCACCUCGCAGAGUGUGCUAGACAGGAUGAGGGUAGCUAUCAUUGGACAGUCAACCUUUGCCGGGGAGGUAUACAAGAAGUUGGUUAAGGAUGGCCAUAAGGUCGUUGGAGUUUUUACCGUCCCUGAUCAGGGAAAUCGUGAGGACCCCUUGGCAACAAUGGCGGCAGCUGAUGGGGUGGAGGUCUUUAAGUUUAAGUCUUGGAGGAAGAAGGGCGUGGCUCUGCCCGAGGUGCUCGAGAAGUACUUGUCCGUCGAUCCAGAGUUGAACGUGAUGCCUUUCUGCUCACAGUUCAUUCCGAUGGAGGUAAUUAAUCAUCCCAAAAACAAAUCUAUCUGCUACCAUCCUUCUAUCCUACCAAGACAUCGUGGUGCCUCGUCUAUUAAUUGUAGAAUUAUUUGCAAAGCAGAGGCAGUGACCAUGGUGGCCGACGGCACUGCACCCAAGAUCCCGCAGCCAGAAGAGGGAGCGACCUAUGACCCUAUGCUCAACAAGAAGGACUUGUGUAAGGUUAACUGGGAUCAGCCGGCAGAAGGCAUCCAUAACUUCAUUCGUGGCUUGGAUUCGUCUCCUGGUGCUUGGACGAUUAUGGACGGACAGGAGGUAAAACUCUUUGGAUCAAAAAUGUUCACUGGAUCAGUUAGCGAUGGACGUGAAGUUGAAAUUGAAGGACUUUCUGCCCCUGGCAUCAUUCACAAAGAUGGACUUCUUCUGACUGGAACGGAUGGCCAGAAGGUGAAUGUCUCACGUCUGAGCGUCGACGGAAAGAUGAUGAAUGCCUCGAAAUAUGGUGCUGCCGCUGAAGCAAUGGAGGCUGUUGAACUCACAGCUGAAGAACAGGAAAUUGCUGGAAAGUUGAAGGAGACGUGGAAGGCCAUUCUUAACAUCGAGAUUUCUGACGAUACGGAUUUCUUCAAGUCUGGUGCUGGGUCAAUGGAUGUUGUAAGACUGGUUGAGGAGGUAAAGGAGAAAGCAGGAGUUUCCCUUGAAAAUGAAGAUGUCUUUAUGGCCACAACCUUCCAGGAGUUCAUUCAGGUGAUGGUGAGGAAAAUGCGUGGAGGUGAUGAGAAGCCGGUCUUCGAAUUUGACGCCAUCAACAUGCACGUCAACAACAUGGACAUCUCCUUUGCUCACCAACUCUUCAUCGACGGCCAGUUUGUUGAUGCCACUGGUGGGAAGUUCCUCAAGAGUAUUGACCCUGCUACUGAGAAGCUCAUCUGUGAUGUUCAUUCAGCAAGCAAAGAUGACGUUGACAAAGCGGUGCAAGCAGCCAAGAAGGCAUUCUAUCAGGGUCCCUGGGGCAGCAUGAAUGCCAGAGACAGGGGAGCACUUCUGUUCAAAUUGGCUGACCUCAUGGAUCAACACAAGGAAGAACUUGCGACCAUUGAGAGCAUCGACUCAGGUGCUGUCUACACUCUGGCCCUCAAGACUCACGUUGGCAUGAGCAUUGACACUUGGCGCUACUUUGCUGGCUGGUGUGACAAGAUCCACGGCUCGACCAUUCCUAUUAACAAUGCCAGGCCGAAUCACAACUUGACCAUUACAAAGAAGGAGCCAAUUGGUGUCUGUGGCUUGGUGACCCCAUGGAACUACCCCUUAAUGAUGUUGUCUUGGAAAAUGGCUGCCUGUCUUGCCGCUGGUAACACCGUCGUCAUCAAACCAGCCCAGGUGUCUCCUCUCACAGCACUCAAGUUUGCUGAGCUCUCUGCAAAGGCUGGCAUUCCACCUGGUGUAAUUAAUGUUCUCCCUGGAACUGGUAGUGUUUGUGGUCAGGCCAUUGCUGAUCAUGCCGAUGUCCGCAAGCUUGGCUUCACUGGCAGUACAGAAAUUGGUCAGGUGAUCAUGAAGUCUUGUGCCGUCAGCAACCUGAAGAAGGUGUCCCUCGAACUUGGAGGAAAAUCUCCCUUCAUCAUCUUCAGCGACUGUGAUCUAGACAAAGCUGUUCGCAUGGGUAUGAGCAGUGUGUUCUUCAACAAGGGUGAGAACUGCAUUGCUGCUGGAAGACUGUUUGUAGAAGACGCUAUCCAUGAUGAGUUUGUUGCACGUGUAAUUGAGGAAUGCAAGAAGAUGGUGAUUGGAGACCCUCUGAACCGUGGCACAGCUCAUGGACCCCAGAACCACAAGGCACACUUGGACAAAUUACUUGAAUACAUUGACAUUGGCGUGAAGGAGGGUGCAAACCUUGUCUAUGGAGGCAAGAGGGUAGAUCGUCCUGGCUACUUCCUUCACCCAACUGUGUUCACUGGAGUUGAGGAUCACAUGUUUAUUGCUAAAGAGGAGAGCUUUGGCCCCAUCAUGGUCAUUUCCAAAUUUGGCAACGGGGAAGUUGAGGAGGUCGUGGCCCGUGCAAACAACACAGAGUUUGGCUUGGCAUCUGGAGUCAUGACAAAAGACAUCAGCAAAGCCCUCCUCGUCUCAGAGAAACUUGAUGCUGGAACCUGCUUUGUCAACACCUAUAAUAAGACUGAUGUCGCUGCACCGUUUGGAGGCUUCAAGCAGAGUGGUUUUGGAAAGGACUUGGGUGAAGAGGCCCUCAAUGAGUACCUCAAGACAAAGACCAUCACCUUUGAAUACUAAGAUAGCAUGAUUUCUCUUGUUUUCUUAAUUUGAGUCCUGAGUUAAAGAGGUUGUUAUACUUGCUUAUCAGAUGAUGAGUUUGGGGAUUUUCAAACAGUGUAUUUCACUUGGUUAACUUGAAGCUUUUGUUUUAGGUACUUCCUACUAGUAAUUAGUUUCAGGUGUAGAAAAUGGAUCAGAUGUUAUCCAUUGUAAGAUACCACCUUCAGAGCAGUGUCCCGAUGAGCAAAAUUCAUUAUAUUAUUUUAAAGUAAAUUCCAUAACAUGAGUUUAAAUCUUUUGUGGAAUAUAGCACUCAUUUGCCUCACACUCCUGCAGCAAAUGUUAUUCUUUUCUAAUGAAAAGGGAAUGUGAUAGGAUAGCCUUUAGGCUUGUAAAUAAAGAUUUAUAUCUUUUGUAUGGAGUAUGAGAUAAGGUGUGGGUUAUAUGUAGUUGUGAUGUACAUAUUACAUACAUCUCACUGAAAUUUUUUCCAAAUUUGUGAUUUUGGUAAAUUGCUGUUGUACUUUUUUAAAGGAUGUUAAUGAAUUUGAAGCUUGAAUGUUAUUACCAAAAGAACAGAAAAUAUACUUUAUAUGUUAUAUGUAAUGAUGACUAUGCUGUAGGAAUUUUGCAGUGAAGUUUGAAUUUAUAUUUACACAUUCAUAACUUCAUGCACCCAGAAGUGGUAUGUGUAUAUGUAUGUCUAUACACAUUUGUGUGUAUGCAAGGGCAUAUUUAUGCCUUUAUUCAUGCUAGUGUGUGUUUGAUUUGUAUGCACAUUUGCUUUGUGCACACAUGCAUAAGUAUAUUCUGUAUGUUUUCUCCUCAUUUGUAUUGGAAUUUCUUUGACUGUAUUUGAAUUGUUUCUUAUGAGAGUGUAUGUGUAUUGAUGAUUGAUCUUUAUUUCUCUAGGAAGCUGAGAGGAAGUUCCAAAAUUAUUUUUAAAAUUCUUUCCGGUGUUUUUUUUGUGAGUGAACGCAAGAGCAGUUUGAGAGUAGUUCAGUAUUUGCUCAGAAAUAUUAGUUUGGUAAAGGAGUGCUUUGAUAGGUAUGGACACUAGCAAUGCGUUGUGUGACAUGGGAGAUGACAGUUUUUCUACCAUUAGCUUGAAGGUACUGUGCACUGACAUAAAGUUUCAUGGAAAUAGAUGUGAAACUGAUUUCUUACAGAUUUCCACAGUAGAGUGUGGAAGGAUAUAUUAUGUAUGGAAUGACUAUAUAUGUGAUUUUUAUUCGAAAAUGAAAAUUCAUGUAAAUUUUUAAAAUAUUUAUGCUAACGUGGUGAUUUUAGGUAUUUUAUAAAUUAACUUUUAAAAUUUCACUUUAGUGGAAGUGAUUUUUUUUUUUUUUACUGAUAAGCAGUCUGAAAGUCUUGAUUGGAAAUUGGAAGUAAUGCUAGUCAUGGUUGUAGGAUUAAUUUUGUAAUACAGAUGUUAUUUUCUGAUUAGAAUGGAAAUUGUUGCCAAUGUCAAUACUGAAUAAAACAGUUGUUCCUGUUA